AGCUCCAGCAAGUAGAAAGUUCCAGCUUUCUUUCCGAACUCCCUCUCAGGCUCCCCUGAAUCCCUCUGGAUGGCACCCACUUUUUACUGCCACCCUCCUGUGGCCAUGGAUGAGUACCCCAAGAAGCUGGGGGACCGCAAGCUGCCAGGGCGGGUGUGGAUUGUGGGGAUCCUGCGGGGCCUACUGGUGGUAGGUCUGCCUGUGGCAGUAAUCAUUUUGGCUGUCAAGGCCAAUAGCCCAGCUUGCAAGGAUGGCCUCCGAGCUGAGCAGGAGUGUCGAAAGAUCACCCACCUCCUGGAGCAGGAGCUGACCCAGACCCAGGACGUCUUGCGGGGGACUGAGGCCCAAGCCGCCAUUUGCAACCAGACUGUGGAGACCCUGAAGAUUUCCCUGGAAGAGGAGAAGGCUGGGGGCCACAAGCAACAGGAGCUGGUGCAGAAGCUUCAAGAGGACAUCAAGUCAUUGAAUCAGUCGCUGCAGGAGAAAUCCGUGGAGCUGCAGAAGAAAUCCGAGGAGCUGGAGCAACUAAGAAAAGAGAAUGAUGCCUUGGUCUCCGGCAAGGGCCCCACCAAUGCCAAGGGCUCCUCUAACUCCGGGAUCAGCCUCGGUCUCUCCGUGGUCCCUGUGCUCCUGACCCUGAUCCUCCAGGCCCUGCUGGCCUGAGUUCCCAGGAAGCCUGCCGGCAAAGCCAUUCUAACCUGGCUGAGAGUUGUACGCCCUGGGCCAUGGGGAUUAACUGCAGAAUGCAGUCCAC